CGCCCUUGCCCUGCUGCGUUGUGUUCCGCGGCCCUGGGGCAGCGGGUGGACGGGGGGACAAGUGCAGCCCCGUGACGAUGCAUCCAGUCCUGAAGGCCUUUGUGUGUGGCUCCAUCAGUGGCACUUGUUCCACGCUCCUCUUCCAGCCCCUUGACCUGCUGAAAACCCGCCUGCAAACUCUGCAGCCUGCUGUGAAUGGGUCUGGUCGUGCUGGGAUGGUAACGCUGCUCUUUAGGGUUGUUCGUACUGAGAGUAUUCUGGGGCUUUGGAAAGGUGUCUCUCCAUCCUUUGCAAGAUGUAUUCCUGGGGUUGGGAUUUACUUCAGCACUUUGUACGUGAUGAAGCAAAAGUUUUUUGUGGACCGUUCGCCCACAGCCCUGGAGUCUGUCUUUCUGGGUGCCACUGCUCGUGCAGUUUCUGGGAUUUGCAUGUUGCCGGUGACUGUAGUGAAGACCCGAUAUGAGAGUGGAAGAUUUGGCUAUGGGAGUGUGUAUGGAGCCCUGAAGAGUAUCUAUCAGACUGAAGGGGUUCGUGGCAUGUUCAGUGGGCUCACGGCAACGCUGCUGCGGGAUGCGCCCUUCUCUGGCAUCUACCUGAUGUUCUACACACAGACCAAAAACCUCACACCUCAGGACCAGCUGGAUCCAGUGCUCAUGCCCUUGCUGAAUUUUGGCUGUGGGAUCUUUGCAGGAAUCUUGGCCUCUCUGGCAACACAACCUGCUGAUGUCAUCAAGACACACAUGCAGCUGUCACCCCAAAAGUACCACAGGACAAGCCAGGCCAUUGCCUUUAUCUACAAGGAUUUCGGGCUGGUUGGCUUUUUCCGAGGCGGUGUGCCCCGAGUCCUCAGGCGCACCCUGAUGGCAGCAAUGGCAUGGACGGUGUAUGAACAGAUGAUGGAAAAAAUGGGCUUGAAGUCCUGACUGAGCUGCACCAGAAAGGACCAACUUCACUCCUUCUCCCGUUUGCUGCGAUCAGCUGGCACUGAGAAGUUCCCAGUUCCACAGAGGAAUAAGCCUUCCUCAGCCAGGAGGAAGAAAGCUCUUCUGAGACGGGAUUAGGCCUUUUGGCAAGUAGAGGAAAGGAAGGAUUGGAUCUUGGAGUUGUUUGAUCAAUGCAUUCCAGAAGGACUGCACUAGCAGAGUGCCAUGGGAAAUGGCAGGGUUUUCACAGCCUGGUUACUAUGCUGAGAAGCCCCUUUUGAAAAUAACUGUCCUCACCACCUUUAUGCAAUGGGAUAGUAUUAAAGCACAAGUGUUUGAGGAGAAAACGGUGAUGGCAGAAUCUGCCAGCCUGUUUCUUGCUGUUGUGGCCAGAAAGGCCACAGUGACCACCAUCUGAUGUAGAUCCUCCUUCCUCAUAUGCUUUAUUCUGAUAGGGCCCUGGUGGGAAACUGGAUGUGUCUCGUAAUGCUUAUAUUGCAGGAGUGGGUGGAAGAGAAAUGAAGUGCAGAGGAAAAGCUACAAACUUGGUCUCUGCCAUCACUUUUGUACUGUGAGUGAUAGCAGAGAAAGUAACUGGAACAGCCUUGCUGUGUUACGUGUUAUUAUGUGAUAGAGCAUCUUAACACUCUUGAGAUGUCCCUCUGCCUCUACAGCAGAGUUUGCACAGGAAUUAAGAAGCAUAAGGCACUUUAGAAUUGAUUGCUACCAAAGUUCUACUUGUUCUCUGAAAAAAAAAAGAAAAAUGCUGCUGGUCUAACUAUGGAAGGAGCAUUCAAGUGGGUUUUGUUGGGGUUUUUUAUGCAGUUGUCAUAGAGGCUUACUUGCUUCCUUUUCCUUAUUUAUUAAUCCCUGAUCAACGUUGUGUGAACUGGUCCUUAGAUGUAGCUUUUAGGGUCAUGGCUCAUAAUGCAUAAAUGUGUAAUGGAAACAAAUACAGAUAACUGGCACUUCAGAUUUCCCCUAAAGCAUUGCUGGUUGCAUGUGGAGUAUGUUUUGAUUUGGAAAGAAAAGCUUGCUAUUUCUGUAAGCUUUCUCCAAAGUUUGAGCCCUAUGGUGUUUGGUAGUGACCUUUAAUUCCCUUAGGGCUCUACACAGACCCUUCACAUUUUCCUGGCUGAUUCUUUUCUCUUAUCAGGUAGUCAUGUUCGAGUAUGCCAGAGUUUAAAUACACUUUUCAUCCUCUGUGCCUUCUUACUCUUUCCUACUGUGUUACUCAGACCUCACAGUGUGUGCAAGGUACAGCCUGCUCCCCUCUUCACUUGUGCCUCUGUGAUGGGUUUGGUCCCUUGCAGCUCUGUUAGCAUAGCCAUGAAGCUGGCGUGGAAGUGUGCAUCCUGUUCUGUAGUGUGCCUUGCAGAAAACUUAGCUUUGGCUUUUAUUUUCUUAAAUAUCUGGGGAUAUUGCAAUUCACUUUAGAACCAGAGCACCUCUCUAUAAAUACGAAGAUAGGACGCUGUAGCUGUGUGAACAACCAGUGCUACCUACCUGUUGAUCAUAAAUUUUAGAAUGUAUUUUGGACAAUCACUGCCUGCCCAGGCAACUUCCCGAGCACAAGAGCAGAGGAGGUUUGGGUUGUUAAAGGUGCUCUUUACCAGAUUUCAACUCCAAGAAGGCUUGAUGACUGAUGUAAAAGUUGAAUGAAAUGUAAGAGGACAGGCUGGAGGCUUGGAAAGUGCUGCUUGUUUUCAGACUCAGCCCAUCUGUGAGGGGAGGCUGGUGCUCUGCAGUGCAGGAGUCGCCAAGAAUGGUGGUAGAGGGUUCUGUGUGAACAUGUCUACAUGCUAGCAAUAGAGCCCUGCAUCAGGUUAGGCAUGUGGCACAUUAUUUGCUAAGUCCUAAACCUGAACACCUGUUCCUUUCUUUUGCUGUUCCUUCUGCCCUUAGAGAGCAGAACUUGAGAGUGCAUGAAACCAUGGUAACCGCACAUCCUGCUUGUUUGCUAUCCUGAGCACUAUUGGCACAGAGCUGGAGAACCAAGUCUAGGAUUGCUGAUCUGGCAGAAUAAAGUGGCAGUUAGAUGAGUUACCUCAUUUGUUCUUUAUUCCCCUAUGUAUGGAAUCAAACCAAUGUUGUGCUGGGAUCCUGAAUUUAUUUGGGGCUUUAUAAAUCUGGCAUGUGAGUUGGAUCUGUUGAUCAUCCUGGGCUGUGGUAGCCAAGGGCAGUGUGUGGGGACACCUGCAAGGUGCUUCACACAUUCUUUGUUCUGGAUUUAACAGUGGCAAAGCAAUGUGCAACUUGUGCAGACAGAAACUUAAACUCUUAAAAUGAGGCAGGCAAGCAAAGAAUGUGAGGUAAUCUGAAUUUAAGUAAGGUCCUCACCAAAACCUGAAUUUCAGGAACACUUUGGUAGCUUUUAUGUCCAUGUACUCCUACCUGGUCAAGUAACAAAGGAAGAAGUAUAGAAUUUAUUCCUAUGUGCUAAUGUUUUAAGGUCUUCUGUGGAGUUGUUUGUUUGUUUGUUUGAAAUCUGGAAUUAAGCCUAAAGCUUUUUCUUUGGGAAAGUUUUUCCAUUUGGCUUUGGUCCUUUGUUACUGGAGUAGAGUGAAAAACUGCAUGGCUUUUGGCUUGUGGAUUAACCUGGGCUCCUAUGAGUUUAAGAAAGAGAGAAUCUAAACUGCACUGUGUUUCAUCUACCAUUGGUGCUGCAAAUCCAAAAGCUUAUCUACCUGUGACUUGUGAAGAAUGAAUUCAGUGGUGCAAGCUUGUUCCAUGUUUCUCUUUGUUAUUUAUUUUUUCAGGUGCCAUAUAUGGGGGAAGGGAAAGCCUGAAGUUCUGCUUCACUCUGUUCUGAAAGCUUUAUCACAUGGUCAGGCAUAAGACUAUUUCUUAGCUCUGAUCUUUACUGUCCUUCACCCUUUUCCCCUCUUCAAAAACAUUCUGUUUCUGAAGUGAUUUAUUGAAGUUACUUCUUGAUAGCUAUAGCAAAUCAAGA